ACCUCAGUCUGCUCCAACAUGGCGAAGCGCGACAAGGAGAUCGAAGAGGAGAUCUAUGACAAGGUGUUGGAUCUGACAGAAUAUGCCAAAAAUCAGCGGUGGUGGAAUCGCCUCUUUGGCAGAAACUCUGGUCCCGUGGCGGAGAAAUACUCUGUGGCCACGCAGAUCGCCGUGGGGGGAGUCAGCGGGUGGUGUGCAGGGUAUCUCUGCCAGAAGGUUGGAAAGCUUGCAGCCACGGCUGUAGGCGGAGGUCUUCUGUUGUUACAGAUUGCCAACAACACCGGCUAUAUUCAAGUGGACUGGAAGCGAGUAGAGAAGGACGUCAACAAAGCUAAGAAGCAGCUGAAGAAGGGUACCAACAAAGCAGGCCCAGAGCUGGACUCGUUCGUGGAGAAGUCCACGGAGUUCGUGAAGAAGAACAUCGUCGUCACCAGCGGCUUUAUCGGCGGCUUCCUCCUCGGCCUGGCGUCCUAGAGGGUCUGCGAGGAACCGCGAGACCCCCGCGCUCCAGGAGGAACGGAGGAGGAGGAGGAGGCGUUGCAUCAUGGCUGUUAAACCCUGAUAGUAUCAACCGUGUCAGAUUACUGCGUAGCUUUGUGUUUCUAGAUACGUUUUACCGUUUUCUCUUUUUUUACCGCCUGCCGUAACACGUCACGCCGCCGCGCCACCGCCCCGUUUCGCCGCCUGCACAGAGAUGAGGCGGGCCGGUCCGGGCCCAACGGACCGCUCUCCCCAGGCGAAGCGGUAGCAGCUGCAUGGGUUUGGCUUCUAGACUGCAGGGUCGUAACGCUGCACAGCGACGUUGCUCCCCCCCUUCCGUGGUGCACCCCCCCCCCCCAGCAUCGUCGACAUGGCCUGACAGCGGUGCCGCAGUCGGCUCGGUCCUCCCCCGGGGCCGGCCCGCGAGGCGUCCUCUGAAAAGGCAAAACUUGAAUUUU